ACACCUGUACGACGGACCAGGAAGUUUAUAAUAUUGUGUGUCGCUGAUCAACGUUUCGAAGUAAUAAAUAUAACUCGCCAUGGAAUCUUCAACUCUCAGAUUGUGCAGUAAUUGUGAACAUCGCCAUAUUUCAACCGUUGCAGUCACAUGGUGUCCAGAUUGCGACGAAGCUCUUUGUACGGAAUGUAAGGACCAUCACGAUGCUUCAAAAAUUGCAAAAUUCCACAGAACUAUUUUACUCGCCGAAUACGACAAAUUACCUUCAUUUAUAAAGGACAGAAGUGUCUACUGCUCUGAGCAUGACCAGAAAUGUGAGUUGUAUUGUUGUAGUCAUAGCCAGUUGUGUUGUACUGCGUGUUUAAUAGAAUCACAUAUUCCUUGUGAAAAACUAGAAACAAUACACGAUGUAAAAACUUCACCGGCGUUAGAAGAUAUUGAAAACGGUUUGAAGUGUUUAAUGAUUAAUUUAGAUUCUUUAUUACAAAACAGACUGGAGAAUAAAACUAGAAUAAAUGCACAGAAAUCAGUAAUUAUGGAAGAAUUUCAAAGUUUCCGUGAAUUGGUCAACGGCAAGUUGGAUGAUAUGGGAAAAAGUUUGCAAGAUAAAAUAGAAACGGACGUGAAAGAGCUUGGUUUCGAUUUGGAUAAUCUGUCGCAGGAUUUUAAUGUCCAUAAAAGCAAUAUAAUCAUCAUGCAGGAGGAACUUAAGGUGCUGUUAGUAUCGCAACUGAUCUUCAAGUCUUCUUAGGACUGAGACCGUCAGAACUUAGACUAGAGGAGGAACAUUCAUAUUUGGAAACACUUAAAACAAACAAAGCAAUGGAUGAAGUUGAUCUCGUGUUGGAAGCAUCGUCUACAUUUAGAGCAUUAUCAGAAAGCAGCGAAUCGUUUGCUGUUAUUUCACAAUCCAGGAAAGAUAAUGAAUUAUAAUUGGGUGUAGGAUAGAAGGAUCAAGCACAACUUUUAAUGCCAUCGGUUGAUAAAUUGUCAGAUAUCAAAUUUUCUGAGAAAGCGAAGUUUAAGUUACCUACUGAAGAUAACGGCAUUGAUGUAUUAGGGUGCACUGUAUUGUCUACAGGCCUGUUGAUAUUUACUGAUGGUAGUAACAGGCGUUUGAUCAUAUGUGACUGCAAUGGUAGUUUCAAGCGAAACAUACUUUUGUCAUUUUCGCCAAAAGAUAUAACCUUUAUCAGUAAUUCAACUGUAUGUGUGACAUGCCAGUCUGCCAAAAAAGUAGUUCUAAUUGAAAUAAUUACUGGUAUAGAAUUGUCAAGUUUUUGUACAGGUGACACAUGUUUUGGUUUAAGUUUUGAAAAUGAAAUUUUAACCAUACGAAUAACUGGAUCCUUUUUAAGGAUGACUCUUGACGGUACAAUAACAAGCACUUUGAAAACAAAGUGUAGAACACAUUGCUGUACAACAAAUGAUUUUUUAAUUUCUUCAAGUUUUUUAAAUGACACAGUGUUAUGUUAUAAGAUGAACGGCGAACUUGCUUGGCGAUUUCAGGAUCCAAAUUUAAUAUCCCUUGGUGAUGUAAGCGUAGACGAAGAUGGAUGUGUCUAUGUAACAGGAGAAAAAUCAAAUAACAUUUUUGCUUUAGCAUCUGAUGGACAAAGAGGGAGAGAAAUUUUUGAUACUUUAGAAAAACCUUAUGCAAUACAUUUUGAUAAAACGUCAAAGUUGGUGGUAUAAAUUGCCAGCAGAACUGGUUCCGUAUCAGUAUACGAGAAAAAAUUAUUAAUUGACAUUGAAAUUGAAUUUCCUGGAUUGGGUCAAUAUCCUAUAUACAUCUUGUCUUUUUUAAUGUGUUUAUUUUGAUUAAUUGAAAUAAUGUAAUAUGAGACGCAUCACCAAAACAUUCUUUUUUUCAAAUUUUGUAAUAAGGAUUUGUAGAAAUAUUGAAAGAAAUUAUCAUAUGCUAAUGAUAUUUUAAUACUGGCUUC